AUGAAUAAAGAACAGUGCCCCAAACAAGUCAAAGUCCAAAUCACACAGUGUCAUGAGUCCUCUCUCUCUGAGCCUCCGCAUCGUCCCUGCAUUAAAACAGACCCGGAGCUGGAGGAGAAGAGCACGUACCUGGGCCUUGUCAGCAUCCCCAUCUCCAGCAUUACGGGUCGACACUUCGUGGAGCAGUGGUACCCGGUCAUCCAGCCCAGCGUCCUGACCAAAGGGGCGGGCGUGGGCGGGGCCAAGAUCAUCAACGCAUCGCUACGACUCAAGUCCCGCUUCCAGACCAUGAACAUCCUGCCCAUGGAGCUCUACAAGGAGUUUGCUGAGUACGUGACCAACAACUACCGCACGCUGUGUGCCGUGCUGGAGCCGGUGCUGAGCGUCAAGAGCAAGGAGGAGGUGGCCUGUGCGCUGGUGCACAUCCUGCAGAGCACCGGGAAGGCCAAGGACUUCCUGUCAGACAUGGCCAUGUGUGAGGUGGACCGCUUCAUGGACCGAGAACACCUUAUCUUCAGAGAGAACACUCUGGCCACCAAAGCCAUAGAAGAGUACCUCAAACUGAUCGGACACAAGUACCUCAAGGACGCAAUAGGAGAGUUCAUCAGAGCCUUAUACGAGUCUGAGGAGAACUGUGAGGUGGACCCCAUGAGGAUCCCGUCCUCUGUGCUCCUGGACCAUCAGGCCAACCUGCGCAUGUGCUGCGAGCUGGCCCUCUGCAAGAUCGUCAACUCUCAGUGUGUGUUUCCGCGCGAGCUGAAGGAGGUGUUUGCGUCGUGGAGAGUGCGCUGUGCGGAGAGAGGCCGUGAGGACAUCUCAGAGCGUCUGAUCAGCGGCUCGCUCUUCCUGCGCUUCCUGUGUCCCGCCAUCAUGUCCCCCUCGCUCUUCAACCUGACGCAGGAGUACCCCGACGAACAGACGUCCCGCACCCUCACCCUCAUCGCCAAAGUGGUGCAGAACCUCGCCAACUUCUCCAACUACCAUGGGGGGGACACAGCUACCGUGGGGGACACAACUACCAUGGGGGGGCCACAGCUACCAUGGGGGACACAGCUACCAUGGGGGGGACGCAGCUACCGUGGGGGACACAGCUACCAUGGGGGACACAGCUACCAUGGGGGACACAGCUACCAUGGGGGACACAGCUACCAUGGGGGGGCCACAGCUACCGUGGGGGACACAGCUACCAUGGGGGACACAGCUACCAUGGGGGGACACAGCUACCAUUGGGGGGACACAGCUACCAUGGGGGACACAGCUACCUUGGGGGACACAACUACCAUGGGGGACACAGCUACCGUGGGGGACACAGCUACCGUGGGGGACACAGCUACCAUGGGGGACACAGCUACCAUGGGGGGGACACAGCUACCAUGGGGGGGACACAGCUACCAUGGGGGACACAGCUACCGUGGGGGACGCAGCUACCAUGGGGGACACAGCUACCAUGGGGGACACAGCUACCAUUGGGGGGACACAGCUACCGUGGGGGACACAGCUAUCGUGGGGGACACAGCUACCAUGGGGGGGACACAGCUACCAUGUGGGGGACACAGCUACCAUGGGGGGGACACAGCUACCAUGUGGGGGACACAGCUACCAUGGGGGGGACACAGCUACCGUGGGGGACACAGCUACCGUGGGGGACACACAGCUACCGUGGGGGACACAGCUACCAUGGGGGACACAGCUACCGUGGGGGACACAGCUACCAUUGGGGGGACACAGCUACCAUGGGGGGGCCACAGCUACCGUGGGGGACACAGCUACCGUGGGGGACACAGCUACCGUGGGGGACACAGCUACCAUGGGGGACACAGCUACCAUGGGGGACACAGCUACCAUGGGGGACACAGCUACCAUGGGGGGGCCACAGCUACCGUGGGGGACACAGCUACCAUGGGGGACACAGCUACCAUGGGGGACAGAGCUACCAUUGGGGGGACACAGCUACCAUGGGGGACACAGCUACCUUGGGGGACACAACUACCAUGGGGGACACAGCUACCGUGGGGGACACAGCUACCGUGGGGGACACAGCUACCAUGGGGGACACAGCUACCGUGGGGGACACAGCUACCAUGGGGGGACGCAGCUACCGUGGGGGACACAGCUACCAUGGGGGACACAGCUACCUUGGGGGACACAACUACCAUGGGGGACACAGCUACCGUGGGGGACACAGCUACCGUGGGGGACACAGCUACCGUGGGGACACAGCUACCAUUGGGCGGACACAGCUACCAUGGGGGACACAGCUACCGUGGGGGACACAGCUACCGUGGGGGACACAGCUACCAUGGUGGACACAGCUACCGUGGGGGACACAGCUACCGUGGGGGACACAGCUACCGUGGGGGACACAGCUACCGUGGGGGACACAGCUACCGUGGGGGACACAGCUUCCGUGGGGGACACAGCUACCAUUGGGGGGACACAGCUACCAUGGGGGACACAGCUACCGUGGGGGACACAGCUACCGUGGGGGACACAGCUACCAUUGGGGGGACACAGCUACCGUGGGGGACACAGCUACCAUGGGGGACACAGCUACCAUGGGGGACACAACUACCAUGGGGGACACAGCUACCGUGGGGGACACAGCUACCAUUGGGGGGACACAGCUACCAUGGGGGACACAGCUACCGUGGGGGACACAGCUACCAUGGGGGACACAGCUACCAUGGUGGACACAGCUACCAUGGGGGACACAGCUACCGUGGGGGACACAGCUACCAUGGGGGACACAGCUACCAUGGGGGACACAGCUACCAUGGAGGGGACACAGCUACCAUGGGGGACACAGCUACCGUGGGGGACACAGCUACCGUGGGGGACACAGCUACCGUGGGGGACACAGCUACCAUGGGGGACACAGCUACCAUGGGGGACACAGCUACCGUGGGGGACACAGCUACCAUGGGGGACACAGCUACCAUGGGGGACACAGCUACCAUGGAGGGGACACAGCUACCAUGGGGGACACAGCUACCGUGGGGGACACAGCUACCGUGGGGGACACAGCUACCAUGGGGGACACAGCUACCAUGGAGGACACAGCUACCAUGGGGGGGACACAGCUACUGUACCAUGGGGGACACAGCUACCAUUCAGAUGAGAGACAGACUAAACUUUUUGGCCUAA